GGCAUGGAGUUGAAGCGUAACUACGAUACGCCAGAGUUUCACGACGACCUCCGCAAGAUGUAUAUGAAGGCGGGCGCAAACUCCGAAGACACUGUGUUCCUAUUCACAGACACCCAGAUUACCAAGGAGGAGUUCCUGGAAGAUAUCAACAAUAUGCUCAACUCAGGUGAAGUGCCCAAUCUGUUCGAAGGAGACACAUACGAACAGGUGCAGACUGCGUGCCGGCCUGAUGCGGCGAAGGCUGGCAUUAACCCCGCUGACCGCGAUGCUGUCUACUACUUUUUUAUAAACCGAGUGCGCGCCAAACUACAUCUAUGUAUUUGCAUGAGUCCGGUGGGCGAAGCGUUUAGGCGCCGAUGUCGCAUGUUUCCAUCUCUAGUGAACUGCUGCACCAUAGAUUGGUUCACAAAGUGGCCACCAGAGGCACUGCUCUCAGUUGCAGAGCAGUGCCUGCAGCCUAUGGGCGAUGCCGCCAUUAUUGAGAAGAUUUCCAAAUUAUGCGUUACUAUGCACGAGGACGUUGACAAAAUGACGGACCGGCUUUAUGACGAGAUGCGUCGUUAUUUCUACACGACGCCCAGCAGUUACCUGGACUUGCUCAAAUUGUACCUAGUGCUGUUGGACAAGAAGCAACAGGAGAUAAUUCGAGGCCGGGAUCGCAUAUCGUGCGGACUUCAAAAACUGUACGAGACGUACGACGUUGUCGGCGUGAUGGAGCAACAAGUCCGUGAAAUGGAACCUAUACUGGCCAAGAAGGCUGAGGAGGGUAUGGCGCUCGUCGCUAAAUUGAAGGUAGAGCAACAGGCUGCGGAUGAAGUAAAGACAGCGGUCAUGAAAGACGAAGCGGAAGCUAAGAUAAAAGCCGAAGAGGUGAAGGCGAUAGCUGACGAGGCAAAGGCAGAUUUGGCUUUGGCCAUGCCGGCAAUGGAGGCCGCCCAGAAUGCCUUGAAGGCGUUGAACAAAGCUGACAUCAAUGAGUUGAAAGCCUUCCAGAAACCGCCUACGCUAGUGCGAUUUGUUAUGGAGCCUGUCUGCAUUUUACUUGGCGCUAAACCCGAUUGGGAUUCGACGAAGAAACUCCUGGCUGAUGUCAACUUUAUUGGAAAAUUAGAGGAAUACGACAAGGAUCAUAUCCCAGAGGCAACACUCAAGAAGAUCAAAGUCUACCUAGUUCAUAAAGACUUCAACCCUGAUACAGUCGUCAAAGUAUCUAAGGUGUGUCGUUCAAUGGUGCUAUGGGUUCAAGCUAUCGACAUGUACGCUAAAGUAUUCCGUGUCGUCGAACCAAAGAUUAUCAAGCAUAAAGAGGCUGCGGGAAUAUUAAAGAGUGUAAUGGCAGUGCUACGAGCGAAGCAGAAAGAGGUGGAAGCAAUUGAAGCCCAGCUUGCAAAAAUGAUGAAUGAAUUACAGGUUGUCGAAGAGGAACGUUUAAAACUCCAGGCAGAUGUAGACUUGGCGGGCGCAAGGUUGUCACGAGCUGGUAAGCUCACGCAGGCGCUCGCUGAUGAGCAGACGAGGUGGGAGGAUAGCGUGAAGGCAGCGACGCAACUGUUGCAUUGCACGAUUGGAGACAUAAUCAUAGCGUCUGGUUGCAUCGCGUACUUUGGAGCCUUCCCUUCGCACUACAGAAGAGAACUCGAGACUAAAUGGGUUGAGCAUUGCAACGCACUCGAAAUACCCUCUUCCGAUAAUUUUGAUUUAAUAAGUGUAAUGGCGGACUCGUACACCGUUCGCACGUGGAACGCACAGGGUUUGCCCCGUGAUGCCGUGUCUACGGAAAACGGCAUCCUGGUAACAAGGGCUGGUAGAUGGCCCUUGACCAUAGACCCCCAGGAACAGGCGAAUAGAUGGAUAAAGAUGAUGGAACGUAAUAACGGACUCCAAAUCACCAAGUUGAACGAUCCAGCAUACCUUCGUAUCUUGGAGAACUGCAUCCGACUAGGCUGGCCCAUGAUGAUAGAGGAUCUAGGGGAGGCUCUUGACGCAACCCUCUCACCUGUAUUACUUAAACAGACUUUCUUGCAGGCCGGCCGUCUGCUAAUACACUUGGGCGACAGUGAUAUAGAAUACGACACAAACUUCCGUUUGUACAUGACAACAAAGCUCGCAAACCCGCACUACUUACCCGAGAUAUGCAUCCAAGUAACUCUGGUCAACUUUACAGUCACCCUGUUCGGAUUGGAAGAACAAUUGCUAGCUGACGUAGUCCGAUUGGAGCGGCCUGAUCUAGAGGUUCUUCGAACUGAGCUAAUAGUUCGAAUCAAUGCUGAUAAGGCAACGCUCUUGGAGAUUGAAGACAAGAUUUUGAGACUAUUGUACGCGUCCUCGGGGAACAUUCUAGAUGACGAGGAAUUAAUUGAGACGCUCAAUGAGAGUAAGGAAAGUACAAGGGGAGUAUUCAAUAAUUCUUGCAUAGUAACUGUUGCAAGUGAAUAAUCAGGUAUAUAAUCUUGUAACAUUACGGUUACUGUCCUUACCCAUGUAGGGUUCCAGUCUAGGGCUUGCCUCGGUAUAUGGUUGGGAUCCCUCCGGAGUGUGUAGCUCCAUUUGCGGC